GCGCUCCUCCCCUAUGUCCGAAGUCCCUGACACACAUAAUUAAGUUUAAUUUCAUGUGCACUGUUGACGCAUCCACAAGUCAGCCCUGGACGCGGCUACUCUCAUGGAUUUGCACCAGAACGAGUCGCGGCAUAUCCAAUGUGCUGCUUGCCUCGGUUGCAUGUGGAGACCAGUUGGUUGCACCUCCUCCACAUCAGCAGCGUCCCUUCUUGCCCACCUCCUUCACAUGCUCUUCUGGCGUCCUCUUCCUGCUCGUGGUCGUCCUUGUCCCUAUUCAUCAUGUCACUGGCUGGGCUCUCGCAGCUUUUCUUUCCAAGACCUGACGUGCAUGGUAGUUGGCAGCCGCUGCAGUGCCAUCCAGGGACGCUGCAUGCCGCGACUGGAUUUCGCAGGACCCGUCGUGCACUUCGUCACUACAGGAGGAGCAGGAAAAGGAGGGGAAAAAGGGGGAGGGGCAGGAGAGUGACGACGAGGGGGAUUCUCAGGACCGGUGGUGAUCUACGGCACCUAUGUGAGCAAUUUGUCGGUGCAGUUCUUCACCUUACCCGCCAUGAUACUGACAGGCCACAAGCCGGAGGAGGACAUCAUGAGGCGGACGGGCCUUGCCGCCAUGUGCCUCUCCAUUGUGGCCGACCUGGCAUGGGCGAACAUUCAUCCGCGGCCGCUGCCGCUGUGGGCGUCGUCGGCCGCCGCUGCCGCCUCAGCGGCCGUGCAACUCUGCCACCUCCUCCUCGCUCUCGGCGUGGUGGACCUGGUAGUGCCGUAUUCCUGGGGCAUGGCAGCCGCGCUGCAGCUGUCCCAGCAGCUGCCCUGGAUCCUGGUGACUCAGGUCAGCACCGCCUUUGUGGUCAGCAGCGGCCGCAGCCCAGCGCGGUACCAGAUCCUCGCGUGGAUCACCGUCAUGGCGCUCGGGACGGCCAUGACGCUGCUACCCCAGCUGGGCAGCCCCUGGCGGUGGCCGCCGUGGCGGUGGCGCCGCGGGCCGCGGUGGCGGCCGCCCUGGCCUGGCCGGGCGAGGCGCGGAGCGAGGCGGAUGCCGCCGUGGGCAGCGAGCGCCUCCCGGAGGGCGGGCAGCCCCCGGUGGCCCUGCCCCGGUCCUGCCGCUUCGCCGCCUUCGCCUGCGUCGGCUCCACCGGGGAGGCUCUCAACGACAUGGCCACGGACCUGACCAUCAGGGGCGCCCUCUCGGCGGGCAACACCAGUCUGACCCUCUCGUACAACUGCGCGGUGAUCCUGUCGAUGUGCGGAGGCUACUUGUCCGAACGGGCCGCGUCGGGCCCGGGCGCCAGGCGCGCCUUUGCCAGCCUCUGGGGGCUGUGCCAGCUGUGCCGCGGCCUCGGGAUGCGGCACCUGACGCCGGAGCCGGACCUGGCUCAUGUUCACGUUCGUCUUCUUCGACAAGUUCACUGGCCCGCUGGGCCAGGCCGCGAUCGACACGGCCUUGCUCGCGCUGCUGCGCAGGGACUCUGGGGGCGCAUCGCCGCCGGGGUGGCCCAGGAUGCCCGCCAACGCCGUGUGGACUCUCCGCACGGCCGCCGAGCGCCUGGAGCGGCCCCUGUGCCAGCUGCUGCUGCUCCAGCUCGGCAUCCCGCGGGCGCCGGCCGCCCUGCCGGUGUGCGCCGCGGGCGUCUCCGUGGCCUUCGUGUGGACGACGCUGCGCGCGGGAGACCGCCGCGGGGGCGGCGAGAAGGCGGACUGAAGGGGGCGGCGCGCGGAGGCGAGGGCCCCUCAGGGCCACGGCCUCGCGCGGGUGGGGCGCGGCCGCGCGUCUCCCGCGCGGGAGGGGGCGGCUCGCCCCCGCGCGUCGAGGGCUGCCAAGGAGGUGGCAACGGGAGCUGGUUGCACACGAGGAUUGGGCCAGCCUGGGCGAGAGAGCUGGGUGCACACGUGGCCUGCUCUGGCGAUCGACCCUUCUGUGCGGAGUCCCCCGCACGUGUGCGGAGCGCGCGGCUUCCCCACGUUCCGCGCGCGUGAGUCCAGCCACGCGUGCGUCCAGCUUCUGGGCAGGAGCACGUCAGGCGUUUUUCCAGGCCGCCGCUGCACGACGAAGGCUCGUCGCGCGGGCGCGGGCCAGGUGUCCGGGGUCGAGAACCGCCAGGGCAGCUGGAGCGGUCCCGAGGCUUCACGUCACAGGGUACAGUGUCGGACGCGUGAACGUGGCUGCCCUCGGCCCCUC